AUGUAUUGGCGUUGGAAUGGCCAGUUCUUUGACAAAAUCACACUGAAAGACCUUGGCCUGGUCUUUCAAGUUGGCCACCCUCCUGGCAUUGCCUGUAUCAACCUGAGACUUGGGCCACAUGACUUCGUAGUGGUUCACACGAAUGGUAUUCAUCCCAUCUCCAUACGAUAUUGUGAGUGCAAUCAUCUUCAUGAAGCUGGUGACACUAUUCAACAAUUGUUACACUAUGAACUGUACCCUGCCACCCUCUUCGAUCCUACCACAUGCUUUAUCUACCGUGUACUCGAACACUUCAGCAUGCUCACGCUCCAAGGCAAGAUCACACCAUACGAUUAUUAUCUCAGCCUGCAGUACCUUACUGACAAUCUGAAGCUUGGUGUGAGCUAUGACUGCUUGAAAUCCUUCAUGCAUGUCGUGCGUGAAUGGAGACACAUCAAGAUGCUCAAAUGUGCCAAUCGCGGCCACGAACCGGGUGGAGUGAAUGCGACAAAACCGGGUGAGCUGUGCGUCAGAUGCCCAGCUUGUCUGCGCCCAGGCUUCAACCUGCCGGACAAUUGGAGUAAUGUCUCGGAUGAAUUGAAAUUUGUAUACACAAUGGUGAUCGCAAUCAAUGCCAAUUUCCGGCUCCGUCGCCGUGCAGUCUCUUCGGAUGCCAGGGACCCUCCUCUCGGCCCAAGCUGGGGAUUUUUCAUCUCCACUUGCACUGGUUUGCAAGCCCUGUCUCAGGCAGACCGAUGCUUCAGCAAGGGUCUCGCCACUACUGGAGUUGGCAUGGCACUCGACGGCAGGCAUGGAUUCAUACUGCCGACCGGAGUUGGAGACCUCCAGAAGGGGGAGAGGUACUGUAACAUGGAUUAUAUCAUCGCUUCGGUUCUGUCACACUACAAAGACUUCCCUCCCUUGCUGCUGUCCUAUGAUAUCGCAUGUCAGUGGUCCGUCCAUCUCCAUGAACGUUUAGGGCAACUACCCGCGCACAUGAAAAUUGACUUGCCCGAGGGUGAUCUGCACUACGCAAUUCCAAAAUAUCACUUCAACGCACACAAAGUCCAGGGCCAUACACAAUAUUCUCUCAACUACAUGCGAGGCGCAGGGCGUACCGAUGGUGAGGAGAUUGAACACUCUAUGCGUGAGAUGGGCUCCGGAUCCCGUGAAGACAUUCUAGAAGACCAUCUCAACUAUGCAAAUAUCAGGAAAUAUGUUGAUAUGGAUAAGCAAAAAGUGGAAGCAUACGAGAAUGAUCCUUUCUUGCCAGACCCAUACAACAGAGAAAUUCCAGGUCUGUACACAAACCGCUUUGCCGUGGCCAAGCUAAUGUGCACUACUGCAGGCAUGACUGAGGCUGAUAUUUGCCUGCAGCUGAUGGAAGAGGAAAACCGCACCAUUCAAGAUGGAGACCUGCCCCUUCACCGCGUCAGUCCUGCAAAUAUGGUCAUCGAAUUAUUGGAGAUAGAAGAUCAGCACACGGCGUUGCAGACUGCUGAGCUAUUUGAGAAGCAGACAGCAAUUCAGUGGCACAUCACCACCAUCAGAGAGGUCCAGUCGAUCUACAUGCCCGUCGUGCCGUUGCUCGUAGCGCGCAGGGAGCAAGACGCCCUUCUACAUAAGCUAGACGAGACAGAUCUCGCCUUGUGCUCACAAGGUCUUGCAGAGAUCAAAGAGCGUCUUCAUGAUGCUCAGCUACACAACAGCCUGAACAAGCUACGGGCGCAGCUCCAUGUGAAGACCCGGCUUGUCGCGUUCAAGAACCGAAAUGUUCACCACCAAAAGCACUGCACUCGGACUCGAGGCCAGCUCCUCAUUAACGAGGCAAAGAUCAGGGCAUUCACUGAGAAAUACCAUGCUGGGUGGAGGGCAAAGUGCGCUUUGGCAGGCAGUGGGGACUGGCAGAAGACAUGGCAAGUUCUCAAGCCAGAAGAUGUGCGCACUCUGUACAAGAAGGACAACCCUAUCAAUGCAAAGGCGGUGCUGUACAACGAUGGCCUAGGAUCUGACGACGAAGACCAAGACGAGCACAUAGAUGAAGAGCUGUGCAAACAAGGAAAGAAGCGCAAACAGAUCUCAAAGUCGAAACAGCAGAAGCUGCCAAAGAAGAAGAAGCACAUCUCUGAAGGGCAAAGGACGACAUCAUGGAUCUGGCUUGGAGCAGACAACACUGGUCUCAUGGGAGAGCUAGAGGGAAUGGCCCCAGCCCUUUGUGACGAGUUCAUCCGUGCAAAAGCGCGCCAUUUACGCCACAAGAAGGAAUGUCUGUGGCUCACAGAGGAGAAGAAACGUACAAUGGAAUCACUUGAGCACAAAGCCCUUCUGUGGGACGUGCGUGAAGGUCAAGCGGGGAACUACAGCACCUCUGACAUUGAACUCCAAGGUUGUAUGGCAUACGCCGCCUGGCAGGCUUUCUACCGCCGCUGGCUAAAAGCAAAGUUUCAUACUCUGUGGACGUCUCCGAAAAAGCAGUCCCCGAGGAAGGCUGUCGCUGCAGCAGAAUUGCCCGCAGGCUCGUACGAUGUGUCUGACAUGUUCAACGAGCCAGUAGAAGGUCUCACCGAGAGAGGUAUUGACAAGACUCAUGUUAUCAUCAGCAAGGCAAGUGAAUCAGAGGUCGAGGACGAAGGCUCGCUAGCAGGGUGCUUUGAAGACUCAGAUGAUGACUUGUGUAUACAGGGGCUCGAGUUCUCGGACAAUGAGGAUGACAGUCAGCAAUAUACAACAUUAGUGUAG